AAAGCCCAAACCAUUCGCAAAUUUGAAGCAGUUCAGGGCACAGAGAAAAAUAGAGGCCAAGUUUGAAUUGGAUUUCAAAAAAGGUGUAACAGUCCCUGGGAGGAUGAUCGUAUUUAUCAGAGGGAGAGGACCUAUAGAACGACCAACCGCUAGGACGACCAAUUGUUUCGGCAGAAUACCAUCGGUAGAAAGAGAA